AUGAAGUUUUCCAUUUGCUUCCUUUUGGCCAUUGCCCUUGUGGGUUUGGCUUCUUCAUUAGUCUAUGCCUCUGAUCCAAGCCCUCUUCAGGAUUUCUGUGUUGCGGUCAAUGAUUCCAAUGCUGCUGAUCUACCACAGAAACACCAAAACCCUCCCCAACCGACAGAUCCACCACAGAAACACCACAAAAGCCUCACUAAUUCUACUUCGCGCACGCUGGCUGCGAAGGGCAGCGGGGUCGUUGAGGCUGGGGACGCUGCUGUUCGAACAACAGUGUCGCCGUUGACUGCUGUUCGAAUAGCAGCGUGGUUGUCGGCUGCUGUCCGAACAGCAGCGUCGUCGCGAAGUGGAAGAGGGUGGGGACGCUGUCGUUCGAACAGCAGCGUCACCGUCGACUGCUUUUCGAACAGUAGCGUCGUCGCAACGCUACUGGGUGAACGGCAGCGGCAUGAGGGUUGA